AUGGCAGCAAAUGCGGUGCAGAAAGACGUGGCCGGCCCACCCUCACUUACAGGGACCUCGACGCCGCCGCUCGACACGCCCGAGGCGCCAGCACCUCGCCCCGAAGAAUUCGUCCCUCCCGAUGGUGGUGUCCGUGCCUGGCUUACCGUAGCCGGCGGGUGGCUCUGCCAGUUCUGCUCGUUUGGCUUUAUCAAUGCCCUCGGCACGUUCCAAUAUGUCUACGAGAAGGAGAUCCUGCCGGACGAGUCGUCGUCCAACAUCUCGUGGAUCCUGACCACCCAGCUGUUCCUGAUGUUCUUCCUGUCGCAGCCCGUCGGCCUGGGCGUCGACAUGUUCGGGGUCCGCGCGAUCCUCAUCCCGGCCUUCGCCUUCUCCGUCGGCGGUCUCAUCGCGCUGUCCUUUGCGACCCGGUACUGGCAGAUCUUCCUGGCGCAGUCCCUCUGCUUUGGCCUCGGCGCCGCCGGCGCCUUCAUCCCGGGCCUCGUGGCGGCGGGCCAGUAUUUCAGGAGGAGGAGGGCGAUGGUAUUGGGCAUCGUCUCGAGCGGCAGCUCGUGCGGCGGCGUUGUGUUCCCCAUCAUGCUCGCCCGGCUAUUUGACCAGAUCGGCUUCCGCGCCACGAUGCGGUACACGGCGCUCAUGAUCGGCGUCAUGCUCGCCGUCGCCAUCCUUCUCGUGUCGAGCCCGCUCCCGCCCAAAGGCUGGGCUGGGCGCCGGUCCCUGAUUAGCUUCGCGACCUUCAAGAAGCCGACGUACCUCCUGUUCGUGUGCGGCAACUUUCUCGUCUACUGGGGCAUCUUCGGCCCCUUCGACUACCUGCCCCUGUUCGCCUCCAGCACGCCCUCGACGGCGGGUCUCAGUCUCUACACCGUCGCCAUCAUCAACGCCGUCUCCAUCCCAGGCCGCAUCCUGCCCAACAUCUACUCGGACCGGGUCGGCUCCUCGCUCCGGACGAUGGCGACGUGCUCCCUGGCCGCAGCCGUCUCGAUCCUCGUGAUCUGGCUGCCGAUCAACUACCGCCGCUCGCUCGGCGGGCUGGUCGUCUUCGCGCUGGUCUUCGGCUUCGCGUCGGGCGCGUACGUCUCGCUGAUGACGCCGGCGCUGAUCGAGGUCGCCGGGGGCCACGCGCGCGACCUCGGCGCCGUCGUCGGCACCUUCUUCGCCGUCGUCGCGCUGGCCAGCCUGACCGGCCUGCCCGUCCAGGGGGCCAUAAUGGCCAGGUCGGCCGCCGGAGCCGGCGGCGGCGGCGGUGCGGAUGGGGAGGAGGACCUGAUGGGCCUGAUCGUCUUCUGCGGGGUAGUCAUGUUGGCCGGCACGGGGCUGCUCGCGGGGGCUUUUUGGCUGGCUGAGAAGGGCAAGAGAAGAGCUGGUGAGAAGUAG